AUGUCCCGCCGUAAGGCCGGCCGCACGCCCCGCCGAGUAGAACCUGCGCCCGUCGCCAACUCAGACAGCGACUCGGAGAUGCGGGACCUGGUCAUCGACGUGAAUCCGGAGUCGAAUCCGUGGCUGCUACAGGCCCCGGGGCUGCGGCCCUCUUCCUCAAAGGAAGUGCCUGCGCCGGGGCGGUUCGAGGGUGAGCCCCGCUACUCCCCCGACCGGGUGCGCCCCGGCGGUGCCCUCCACGCCCUCGUCUUGCGGAACCAGUGUGUGUCCUGGACUCCUGUGAAACCUAAUCCUCACGACCGCCAGCCCUGGACCGACAAACACCCAGAUAUGUUGACCUGCGGCCGGUGUCUGCAGACCUUCCCGCUGAAGGCCAUCACUACUUUCAUGGACCACAAGAAGCUGGGCUGUCAGCUCUACAGAGACCCCAGCCCUCGCCCGGACUCAGACCGUGAGAACAUGAAGGCCUUGAUCUGCCUCCGCUGCGGCCGGCAGUUCACCAGGGCCUGGAAACUGCUGCGCCACGCCCAGUGGGACCAUGGACUGUCCAUCUACCAGACAGAACCUGAGGCCCCAGAGACCCCACUGCUGGGCCUGGCAGAGGUGGCGGCAGCCAUGUCAGCAGUGCUGGGGCCGGAAGUGGAGGCCAAGAGCUCCCGGGCCAGCAGCCUCCCCAAGCGGAGCCCCACCUGCCCCGUGUGCGCGAAGACCCUCAGCUCCUUCAGCAACCUCAAGGUGCACAUGCGCUCACACACGGGCGAGCGGCCCUACGCCUGCGACCAGUGUCCCUACGCCUGCGCCCAGAGCAGCAAGCUCAACCGCCACAAGAAGACCCACCAGCAGCUGCAGCCUCAGAGCCCCUACAUGGACAACCCCAGUCAGGAACAGGCCUCAGCCGCCCCUCCGGAGCCAGCUGUCCAUGCCGCUGCCCCAGCCAGCGCCCUCCUUUGCAGCCGCGGAGAAGGGGCUGGGGCUGGAGCUGCGGACACGGCAGGUGUGCAGGAACCUGGGGCUCCAGGUGGUGGAGCUCAGGCUGGCCCUGGUGGGGAUGACUGGGGAGUUGCCAGCAAGGAAGAGAAAACCGACUCUGCCCAGAGCCCAGAGAUGUCACCCAAGAAGACGCCAAAGCCAGUGAGCAAGAGCCAUGGGCCCGGGGGCAGCUGCGAGUUCUGUGGGAAGCAUUUCACCAACAGCAGCAACCUGACGGUGCACCGGCGCUCACACACCGGGGAGCGGCCCUACGCCUGCGAGCUCUGCCCCUACGCCUGCGCCCAGAGCAGCAAGCUCAACCGCCACCGCCGCAUGCACGGCCUGGGGCCCAAUGGUGCGCGCUUCGAGUGCCCCCACUGCCGCGUGCCCUUCGGCCUGCGGGCCACCCUGGACAAACACCUGCGGCAGAAGCACCCCCAGGCUGGUGGGGAGGCCUGAGUGGCAGACGUGCCCACCCUGCUGUCGCCGGUACCACGUUUCACGUGUCUGUUGAUCUCGUCCUUCCCCUACUGUGAAUAAAUCCUCCCUCCCUCUA